CUGUGUCUCUCUCGCUCUCUGUUUGUAUCCUCUGGCACCGCAGGGGACUCCUAGCUGCCUUCGCAACUAAACAGGCUGAGCACCAAGCAAAAGCUGAAGAGAGGGAAAGGAAACAGAUAAAAAGGAAGAGAAAGAAAGCAGUGGAAGGAGAGAGCGAGGAAGACAUAAGGGGAAGGGAACAUAAUACACCAGAAAUAGCAUCAGCCUUCACAUUUUUCGACUUUCAGAGAGGAGAGUAUGGAAAACCCAAGACCGGGGCGCAAGAUGUCUCUGCUCUCGAACCUGACUGCCAUCGUCCUGCUGCUGAUUGCCCAGUGCGGAUCCUGGACUCUCGCCAGCCGCCUAGGCCCCCACAAAGGCUGUCUCUCCUGCAAGGAUCCCCUGGCGUCCGGCAGCCGGGCCUCUCGAGACCACGCUGGCACAGCCAGCAGCACAUCUGUCUUGGCCCUCGGGGAGCCGUGCGGUGUGUACACCUUGAGCUGUGCCAAGGGUCUACGCUGUGUGCCCCCACCGCGUGAGCACAGCCCCCUCCAGGCUUUACUGCAGGGAAGGGGCUUCUGCGUCAAGCACAGCAGACCCAGUCCCACUGAGAGGCCCCACCCCACAGGUCCCCAUCCUUCACAUGGUGGAGAGACAGACAAAGCUCCCUGUCGCAAGCUGCUUAACUCUGUGCUGCGGGGCCUUGAACUGACUAUUUUCCAGUCAGACCGUGACAUCUACAUCCCCAACUGUGAUACUCGUGGUUUCUACAGAAAAAAACAGUGUCGGUCCUCUAUGGGGAUGCAGCGUGGCCACUGCUGGUGUGUGGACGAGCUGGGAACUGCCCUCCCUGUCCGCCCUAGUGAGGACGGCACCUUGCCCUGCGAUGGGGAGUGACCCUCAGAGGCCGGAGGAUACGUAGGAAGAGACAGAGGGGGGGCAGAGAGGAGACUGUGGAGAGGAGGUGGCUUUUGCUUCUGCUAGACACUGCCUGGCUAGGAGAAACUAGAGAGAAAUCACUUGAAAUGGAAAAAGGUUCACCCAAACACCCAUCCACUUGAGGAGGAGAAAGCCCUUUGACCACUCGUUAACCCCCCGAUCACAGCCCAUCACAAGUGGAUGGUCCUUUUUCUCCUUGGGAAAGAAUACUGCCUCGUGUUUGGUCAUUUCUCAUAGACUAAAAUACUGUUAAGCAAGCAGAGUUGAUAAUGAUUAAUGAUGAUAAUGGAGUUGAUACAACAAUAAAAACAAACCCGUCUCCCCACCACCCUCUCUCCCACUUCCAAGAGAUACACUGAUCAGAGUAUAUACACUUAAAAUGAUCAAACAUCAUUUAAUUUAUUCUGAAGUACAAUGACAUUUCCAUUCAGAUUUGCAUAUAUUUGACUUCUUCAUGUUACCGUAUAAUCAAAAUGUAAAGAUGCUCGUAUAUGUACACAUUAUUUGGGUUGCAUUCUGACUGCUAACAGUGGAUUGUUUGUACAUAAGUAUGGUUUUGUGGUUGACUGUGUAUUUGAACUGGCAAGUACAAGAUUGCUAAUGGCUGUUACCCUUUCUGAGAUGUUAAGCAUAUUUUUAUACACUUCAAUAUAAUAUUUUAUAUAUAUAUAUAUAUAAAAUUUUGUUUUAUUUAAAUACAGUGCCAUGUAUUUUUAUAUUGUCAGCAGUUUUAUUUCCUUUACAUGACAAAAGCUAUUUUAUUUCAUUUUACUGAAAUGUGUUAUGCCCCAAAGGCACACUCAUGGAGCAGAACUACAACCACAAUACACAGAUAUUCAACUGCUGUACAUGUUUCUUUCUCUUUUGUUUUAAAUUUCAUUUUAAUGUUAUAUAAUAUGUGUGGACCAUAAUAUCAGAAUGUAUUACAAUGUUUGCGUUGGAAAAGUACUGUUUUAAUGAAGUUUCUUUAAUGUUAUUAUCAAUCAUUCCCGAAUAAAUAAAGUAAAAAAAAAAAAUGCAAGUGCAAAAAGUGUUAUUAGACAUUUUUCACACUGAUUAAUGUGGUAUCCGUAUUUGUUGACAAGACGGCUUGUCAGGAAUUUCCAAAAUUAGCUAAAGACAAGAGUAAAAGGGAAAAAUAAAUAUAUAA